AUUGAACGAAUGAAUGAAUAUGAGGCGGCCUCUGGGCCAAGCAUAACAAAAUUAAUCUUUCUUGAAUCCAUACGCAAGCGCACGUUAGAACCAAAUCGCUGAUAAAUCUAUAUGCACCGCCAUGAAUAUAUGUUUGUUGCUCCAACAUUAAAGCGGUUUCGUUAGGUCCCCGCCAGCAGAACCCGGUAAAAUUCAUUCCCCAAGUUCGGAUUCCAAAUGGGUCCUCGUUGGUUCCAGAAGAAGGUCGUUGAUCCCCUUCUCCUAAUCCUUCGCAGGGGGGCGGAGCCAAAGCAAUUGGCGUUUUCUGCUGCUCUUGGCAUCACUUUGGGAGUCUUUCCUAUAUGUGGGGUCACUGUCUUUCUAUGUGGAAUGGCUAUUGGGUUGCUUGGAUCUCGUUGUCAUGCCCCAACUGCGAUGCUCGCUAACUUUAUUGCUACUCCAGUAGAAUUGAGUCUGGUGGUCCCAUUCUUACGCCUUGGUGAAGUUAUUUCUGGUGGAUCUCACUUUCCAUUAACUUCUGAUGCUCUAAAGAAGGUUUUGACUGGCCAAGCUUCAAGAGAAGUCUUGCAAAGCAUUUGGCAUGCGGUAUUCGGUUGGCUUGUGGCAGCACCCUUCAUCUUGGCUAUGCUACACAUUUUAUUUUUUCCCUGUUUUAAUAUCCUUAUUCGCAAGUUCAGCACAGGCCCGCCAAGUCCGAAGAAGACACUUUCUUCCCCAUCAGAAGUCAGGGUUAAGGUAAGGGAUGCCUGAUUAACCCUUGGGAGCAGCAGCCAAACACCUCUGCUCUGGCUUGCUCCUAACAAAAGAUUGCUUGUAUGUAAUAUUGAACUUCAAAAGUUUGCUUGCGUAUACAAUUCUAGCUAGAGUUUGGACUUGGCAACUAGAUCAUAAAUUUCAAUAAGAUCUAUAGAGCAUUUAUAAA